UGCACCUCGGCGCCCUGCUGCGGCUCCGCGCGGACAUGGACUGCUAGAAGCGGACCGUCCGUCCGAGUCCGGACCUGCAGGGUGAUGUUAGCGCUGGGUCCGAUGGACCAGAGCAGCUUCCUCCUGAGCUCCCCACCUCUGGCGGCUCUGCACAGCAUGGCCGACAUGAAGACCCCCCAGUACCCCGCCUACCCGCUCUCCUCCGCCGGACACACCUCGUCCACCUCCCCGGCCACCAGCUCGCCCAACCCGGGCGGGAUGGCGGCGUCCUCCCCGGGCCUCAAGUCGUCGGGUCUCGGCUCCCCGCAGCACAUGUGCUCGUCCGCGACCCCUCACGGCAUCAACGACAUCCUCAACCGGCCCUCCGCCGCCUCGGCCUCGGCGGGGGUCUUAGGCGCCCUGCACCCGCGCUUCAGCAGCCUCAGCCCGCCGCCGCCUCCGCCGCCGCCGCCCGGACUCUUCUUCACCCCCGCGGCGUCCCGCUACCCCAAACCCCUCACCGAACUACCGGGCCGGACCCCCAUUUUCUGGCCGGGGGUCAUGCAGAGUCCACACUGGAGGGACGCGCGCUUUGCGUGCUCGCCCCAGCAGAGUUGCGUGUUGGACAAGGACGGCAAAAGAAAACACACGCGGCCAACUUUCUCUGGACAACAAAUUUUUGCUCUGGAAAAAACUUUUGAACAAACCAAAUAUUUGGCGGGACCGGAGAGGGCGAGACUGGCCUUCUCCCUCGGCAUGACCGAGAGCCAGGUCAAGGUGUGGUUCCAGAACCGUCGGACCAAGUGGCGCAAGAAGCACGCGGCGGAAAUGGCCUCCGCCAAGAAGAAGCAGGACUGUGAGACGCAGAGGUUAAAGGUGAGCUCGGACCCGGACGAGGACGAGGACUACGACAAGCCCUUGGACCCGGACCACGACCACGACCACGACCUGCUCCACAAGCACGCGCUCGCGCUCGCGCACACGCCCGAGCACGACAGCUCGUAAAAGGUGCUUCUUCUUCUUUUUUUUAUUUUAUUUCUAUUUUUUUUUUUUUUUUACCUUCGUGCACCUUUCGGCGGGAUUGUUUGCUGUAAAUAGAAGAAAAAAUGUAUUUCCAUUUUUUUUUUUUUUAGUUUUUUGUUUUGUUUUUAGAUAAUUAAAAAAAAAAAAGAAAACGUUCACGGCGAAGGAAGGACUCGACGAGCACGUGAACGCAACACGUCAUUGAUGAUUUAAAUGAUCUUGUAACCUCAGCACUUUGACUCAAUAAACUAUUAUUAUUAUUAUUAUUAUUAUAUUGACAUUUUGUCCACAGAAACAUUUGUAUCCAUGUUAUUUCCCUCCAU